CAGCGCUCAACUGUGUUUGUUUGGUAGCUGUUUCUAUGACGACAUGAUGUGGCCAGGUUUAUGUUCUGUGAAGCUCCAUAGGGUGCUGCCUACCGGUCUGGGAAUAGGUGUGUAAAUGCCACAAGUCACUCUGGAGAUCUUGACUGCAUACUGAGGACGUGUUGAGAUAUUUGACUGAGUUACUCCCAUCAUCAAUAUUAGGAUGGAAGAGAUGAACUCAAACAUGACAGAAGAAAACAGUUUCAAUAACAGCUAUUUGGAUGACAACAGCACAUUAUUUAACUAUAAUCCUCGUUCUGACUCGACUUUUUGGUUGAACCUUUUAAAAUUCUUACAUUUGCUAAAUCAGAUCACCAUUGGCAUUGGAUUUCUUUUAAUUCUUGUCGUGAUGAUUGCAGUUUUUUCACAGGUGAGAAAGGGUCAGGAUGCUCCAGUCUAUGUCAUCAACCUCCUCGUCUCUGAUAUCAUUCAGCUCUGCUGCAGGAUUCCAGCAGAUUUUACUAGACCCGGUAAAAAUAAUGUCACAUACAUGGUUAUUGCAGAUCUUGGUGUGAUGGUCAGUGUUGGAUUCAUGGUGUGUAUCUCCUUUGAAAGGUAUCUGGUCAUUGCCAAGCCUCUGUGGUACAGAUUCAGGAGAAACAUCAAGACAUAUGUGGUGGUCUGCAUUGUGGUCUGGUCACUUCCACUUUUUUAUCUACUACUUGGCAAUGGGAUAAAGGAGUAUAUGAUGGCUGACAUCUUCUUCAUAAUUAUUUUCGUCCUGCCUUUUCCCUUCUUCAUCUUCUUUCUGGUUGGGACUAUCAAAGCUCUGUCUGCAGCGCUCGGUGUCCCUGAAGAUGAAAAACGACGAAUAGUAGCCAUUCAGGUUGCUGUGCUGAUUAUUUACAGUCUGCUUUAUCUGCCCAUCAUCAGUUUGCUCUUAGGUGUGUAUGGAGUUUUGAAUAGCAAAAGCCACGUAAAUAGCUAUAUAACGGCUUUAGUUUGUGUUUUUCUUAGUCCUCUUGCUGACACAACUUUGUAUUUGUUCACUCGGAAAAGCAUCCUGGAUAAGUUUCUGGCUUCAAUCUGUUUUUGUAAAAUAUCUACCAUUCUGGAGACGAUCAGCACAGAUCAUGAAAGCUGGACUGAAACAAAUACUGAGGCUGUUUAGGUUUUAAUAUCUGUUAUGAUACAAAAUAGCAUCCAGAGUUCAUUUGCUGGCGCUGAAAAUCAUAUUUCCUGGUACGACCACCAUCGUUUGCUUUAUUAUAUACGCAAAUAUACAAAUUUUUACAUAUAUUAUCACAUAUAUACUCACUACAUUUACAGUUGAAGUCGUUGUUAUAAUUUUGAGUUAUUUAACUGUGAAAUGUUUUCUUCCACUGACUUUUUAUAUUUUCUUUUCUUUUUAUGUAAACAAAUUGUUCAUGUGUUCUUGUGCAUGUAUGUCAUAAUGAUGCUUAGCGAACUGAAGAUGUAGGCAGAAUUUGAGACAGAAUAAAGGGUUUAUUGAAAAUUAACACAAAGUAGCUGAGAGACUAUCACUGAGGAAAACAGAAGGAACUGACAAAGGAUAGAAUAAACUAA